CUCGCUUCUUAUAUAUCCAUAAUGUCUUUCUUCUCGAUUAAAGCCGCCGCAGGGCGUAAAGUAACGCUUUUUGCAUCCAUUUCCAGUUUACUUCUGUCCCAUGUUCAUGGUCAGUUCAUUCCGGAGAUUGAUGCAACAUAUUCUUCUCCCCCCAAGCCAUUCUCUCUCUGCGUGAAUCCUUCAUUCAUCGAGACAACGCGGUUCAAGGUGCAGCUAGGCAGGAUAGCCAAUGACCUCGGAGUGGCCCCUUUUACUGACGGGGUCUCGACUGAGAUGGCUGCAACUCUUCAAAACUACUGGGUUAAUGAGUUCAAUUGGACAUCCGUACAGGAGCAAAUUAACAAAAAUUUCACAAUGUUUACCACAGUUGUCAAAAUAGACGAUCAGAACUACACAGAGCCAAUACCGCUUCACUUUGUGCAUCACCGCUCAAAUCGUAGCGAUGCAGUUCCCCUUCUCUUUCUCCACGGCUUCCCGGGCUCGUUCUUGGAAGUCGGGCGAAUCAUCUCGUCAUUGACUCAUCCGCCUAACUCGUCUGUGCCAGCAUUCCACGUCGUAGCGCCGUCUCUGCCCGGCUUUGGAUUCACCCCUGCCCCCAUGCAUGCCGGAUUGGGCCCGAUCGAAGUGGCUCAUGCGUUUAACGCCCUGAUGCACCAACUGUCCUACCCACGAUAUGUGAUCCAGGGCGGGGAUCUCGGGUCUUUUGUCCUUACCUAUCAGGCUGCUCUCCACCCCGAGAGCGUAAUAUCUGUGCUCUCCAAUCUUUGGGUUCCUGCUCUCACCGCGGCGGAUAUUGCGCGUUUCGAUGCAAAUGAGACGACUCCAGGAGAAACAGCGUAUAUCCGCAACAUAACAGCCUACCAGAGAAAAGGCGCCGGCUAUCUGUUUCUGCAGUCUACGCAGCCCCUGAUGGCAGGCCAUGCUUUAACCGAUUCCCCCCUGGGUUUUGCGCUUUAUAUCUUUAACCUGAUGCAAGAGCUCGGGACCUUCUACCACUGGUCGCUGAGUGAGAUCAUCACCUGGGCCAUGAUGUACGUUAUCCAAGGUCCUUACCCGGCAACACGGACCUAUAAGGAGUUCCGAUUCGCCGAUCAGAUUGUGGGCACUGAUAGCUCUGGGCCAGCAUUGUUUGUUAAUGUCCCAGUUGGUGUUACACAACGCCCACAGGAUGCCGGAUGGGGCGUUCCCCUGGACUGGGCGCGUAGGAUAGGCAACGUCACCGCGCUAUAUGUGCAUGACUUUGGGGGCCACUUCGCAGCGUACCAGACACCUGACACACUGCUAGAUGACUGUUGGCGCUUCUGGGGAAAUAAAAGCGCAUCUGGCGUAGGGAAAAGUCACUAAGUACAUGUAGUAGGGCCAAUAGACUACAACAACAGGAUGCUCAAUCGAGACUAUUAGCACUUUAUUAACAGUAAGCACUCAAACCGUAUGUCUGCCAAUAAUCUCAUUUAUUUAUCUUAUUAUUUUUUAUAAAGCAAAUGUUUAACUUGGGAGUGCUAAGCAUCGCGAGAGUGGAGUAGGGG